AUGGCGGAGAACAAAGGGCACUCGACGCAAGAUGGCGGCCUACCAGCAGCGGAAAGUUUUCGCGUCGGAGUACGCGUACCACCUUUCAACCCCGAGAAGCCUGGUCUAUGGUUUCACCAAAUGGAAGCCCAGUUCGUCCUGGCUAAUAUCAAGUCAGACGAAACUAAAUUCUUCUACGUGAUCGGCCACCUAGACCCACAGUACGCAGACGACGUAGAGGAUAUUAUCGCCCACCCUCCAGCGACCGACAAAUAUACGAAGCUCAAAAGCGAGCUCAUCAAGAGACUUUCGGCGUCGCGGGAGAAGAAAGUCAUGCAGCUUCUCAGGCACGAGGAGCUAGGCGACAGGAAGCCGUCGCAAUUCUACCGGCACCUCCUCAACCUGGCUGGCCCAGGUGUUCCAGAGGAGUUCCUGAGGACCAUCUGGACGAGCCGUCUACCCGCAAGUACUCAAGCCAUUGUGGCGUCACAGUCGAAGAGGGAUCUGGCUGAGCUGGCUGAGUUGGCGGACCGGAUCCAUGAUGUCGUCGGCAUCCAGGUCAGGCAACAGAUCGGCGUCCAGCUAUAA